AACAAGUAACUAAGCACUGUCCACCACCAUCACAAUGCCACGGCCACCUACACCACUUUCAUUAUCACUAAGAUUACCAACCAAAUCAAAGGGAAGCUACUAGACUUUUAAGAAUCUUUUCAAGAAAUCUGCCUUUGCAAUCCCUAUAUAUAGGGUUACAUCUUCCAGCCAUUUUCCACCCAUCACAAGCGUUGGCUUCUCUUCUCAAGCAUUCAUCGGUUUUAACUUUUACAUACACAAACACAGACUUUGAGAGAAAAGAGAGAGAGAUUUUUGAAUCUUUGUUAUAAUCUAUAGCUAGCUUUGUGUUUUGGAAGCUUGGAAAUGGCAAGCUCAAGUGUGCUAGGUGCUGCAUUCUUGGUCUUGCUCCUUGUUGACCUCUGCUUCGCUAUUCGGUCCCCAGAAGCGAUUUUUGGUAGAGCAGGUGGAGGUGGAGGAGGAGGAGGAGAAGGUGGUGGAGGUGGAGGUGGUGGGGGUUUAGAUGGAGGACAUGGGUAUGGCUCUGGUUAUGGUUCAGGAUAUGGGUCUGGAGGUGGUGAAGGAUAUGGCGAUGCAGGAGGAUACGGUAGAGGAGGAGGUGGAGGCGGAGGUGGUGGUAGUGGUGGUGGUGGUGGUGGUGGGUCUGCAGGUUAUGGUAGAGGAUAUGGUUCAGGCUUUGGGUCUGGCAGUGGCUCAGGCGACGGGUCUGGUUAUGGUGGUGGGAAAGGAGGAGGUGGAGGUGGAGGUGGUGGGAGAGGAGGAGGUGGUGGUGGAGGAUUAGGCAAUGGAAGUGGAUCAGGUUACGGGUCUGGAUAUGGAAGCGGGUCUGGAUAUGGAAGUGGAGGAGGAAGAGGCGGUGGCAGUGGAGGAGGAGGUGGUGGUGGUGGAGGAGGAGGUGGUGGCGGUGGUGGUGGGAAUGGGUCCGGGUAUGGUUCAGGAUAUGGUUCAGGCUACGGAAGUGGGUACGGAGGAGGAGAAGAAGAUGGUGGGUAUCCAUGAGCAUGCAAGAGAUGUUUGUGUUUAGGUAGCAACUUAUUGAGUGUGGGAUCUUUUACAGUGGAAUAAAAUUGGAACAGCUCCAUCACACUAUCUUAUAUUCACAAUGUUUCUGUCUUGUUUCUAUGUAUUAUAUAAACUAACAAUAAUAUAAUAUUUCCUUUGCCUA